AUGCUGAGAAGAGCAGCAGGCGAGGUGCUGAAAAAAAGCCCCAAUGAUGUCGUCGUGCUCUCCGCCGUACGGAGUCCCAUCGCACGGGCGUUCAAGGGCGGAUUCAAGGACUCCUACCCAGAGGAGAUUCUCAUGCAGGUCAUGCAAGCCGCUGUGACACGAGCGAAUAUCCAAGCCGGCCAGGUAAACGAUGUGAUGAUUGGCAAUGUCCUCGCAGAGCUGGGCUUCGCGAAGACCGGUCGCAUGGCGCUCAAUGCAGCGGGUUUCCCUAAUUCGACGACUUUCCACACGGUGAAUCGCCAGUGCUCGAGUAGUCUGCAGGCUAUCACGCAUAUCUCGCAUUCGAUUCUGGCGGGUCAAAUUGAUGUUGGACUUGGCGGUGGGGUGGAAAGUAUGUCGCGGAAUUAUGCGACUCGGGGAAUUCCCGUCGAUGUAUCUCCUACCCUGAAGGAAUCUGAGGUGAAAGAUGCGCGGGACUGCUUGCUGCCUAUGUUGCAGACUUCGGAGAAUGUUGCAUCGCGAUAUGGAAUUAGUCGGAGGGAGCAGGAUGAGUUUGCUGCGGAGAGUCAGCGACGAGCGAGUGAGGCUCAAAAGUCCGGGCGGUUCAAGGCGGAACUGGUGCCCGUUACGGUGCGGUCUGUCAGUGAGGGAAUUGACGAGGAAACUAUUUCGGUGGUCGAUCGUGAUGAGGGUGUAAGGCAUACAGUUACGGCGGAAAAAUUGGCGACUCUUCAGCCGGUGCUGGAGAAUGGAUAUAGUACGGCUGGAAACUCGUCGCAAAUCUCCGAUGGUGCUUCCAGUACCAUUCUCGCCCGUCGAUCGUGGGCCGACGCUCAAGGUUUAAAGCCCAUUGCUCGAUUCGCCGGCACGCAAGUGGCAGGCUGUGCACCAGAUGAGAUGGGCAUCGGGCCUAUCUUCGCCAUUCAAAACUUAUACAAGUACCUUGGUAUUGAAAAUAAGGAUGUGGACAUCGUUGAGAUGAAUGAGGCAUUUGCAAGCCAGUCCAUCCACUGUCUUCGCGAGCUAGGUAUCGAUAUGGACAAGGUCAAUCCCAACGGCGGACAUCCGGUUGCAGCAACCGGUGCCCGACAGGUCGCCACUCUUCUGGCCGAGUUGCAACGAUCAGAUAAGGAGAUGGGCAUUGUGAGCAUGUGUGCAAGCACCGGUAUGGGUGUCGCGUCCCUUUUCAUUCGAGAAUAG